UGGAGAGACAACAUUGAGAUGAGCUUGUUAGGUGUAGGUAAGGCAGUGAUGGAGGAAGGCCUCCACUCGAUCUAUAAGAUCGUCAGACAUCCCGCCGGGCUGUUCGGAUACCCAGCUCUCUCAUCAAGUCAAUCUCUGUUGCUUCAUUUCCAAUACCUUCACUUUUUCUUUCUUCACAGCUGUGCUGUCGUUUCCAACAGACCCGUCUCUCGCUCAAGAAACAUCUAUAAUCGGUUGCUUUCUAUUAUUACCCUUCUUUUCUUAUAAACUAUUUUAAACACCGAGACAAAAUGAAGUUCUCCGCCGUUCUCACUACUCUCGUCGCCGUUGCCUCGGCCGCUCCCUCCCGGGACAUCUCUUGGUCCGGCAGCAGGCUCCAGAAGCGCGCCGCCGUGUUCACGACGGCCAAGACCUUUGACGAGCUAUCCAUCAGCGGCAAGAAUGCCGGCACCGCAAAGGAGGACGCCCUCCAGAAGCUGAGCGGUCUGCCCACGGACCUGUCCACCGUCGACAAGGCGGAUCUGGCUUUCCUCAACAACGUCAACAAGAUUGCCAACCAGGCCGAGCGCGGUGCCUACAAUGUCGAAAUCGCAAAGACGGCACCCGGCGAGGACGCCCUGGCUCUUCAGCGCGCAAAGAUCCAGAACAAGGUCCUCAAGCUCACGGCCACCGUCAUGGGCCUGCAGGCCCAGCAGGCGCAGGGCAAGAACGUGACGGCCAAGCUGGACGAGGAGACCAAGAAGCUCAACAAGAACAUUGCCGACGACGUCGCCAACGCCGGCAAGCCCGCGACCGCCCUCAAGUUCAACGCCUCCACUGACAACCCGGCCGCCACCGAGGUGCCCAAGGACGACGCCACUGCUACGAAGGCCGGUGACGUCGUUGACCAGUCCAUCAAGGCCGCCGGAGGAAACGCUGGCGCUGCCGGGGCCAAGGGCACGGGGAAGAAGGGAACCAAGACGGCGAGCAAGGCUGUUGUCGAGGCUGCUGAUGUUGCUGAGGAGGAGGACGAGGAGUAAAGGGAGUUCACGUAUGUCGCAGAGGUUAGGUCGGGGUUAAUGUGACCGGCAUAAGAGGGGAU